AUGGCCCUGGUUGAGUCGGGCAUUCCAUUGAACGAAAUUCCUGCUGGUCGCCCACCGGUUGGCCAGGUAUCUCACAUCCACAAUGCGGUUGGCAGAACACAUAUGAUCACGACAUGCGACAUUAUCUGCAUUAUUAUCGUUUGCACUGUCGUUGCUAUGCGAUUUUAUACCCGCGUUCGUCUUCUCAAGAGCCUAUGGUGGGACGAUUGGUGCACAUUAUUCGCUCUUGCAUGCUGGCUAGGUGAGACUGGAUUGUUCCAAUACGCCUGCAAGUUCGGAGCCGGCAAGCACAUUUACGACAUCACUGUCGCGGACCUCUACCCCAAUCUACUACGUGGAUGGGUCGUUUGCGCGAUCAUGUACAGCAUUACCAUGCUGUUCUCCAAAAUGUCGAUCCUGUUACUUUACCGCCGCGUGUUCCCCAUCAACAACUUUGCCAAGCGAUGGUGGGCUGUCGUCGCCUUCACAGUCGCCUAUUCGCUCGGAGCUAUAUUCGCAUCCUUAUUCCAAUGCCGACCAAUGGAAUCUGCCUGGAGUAUUGACAUCACUCCAGAAUACUGCAUCAGCACUGAAAAGUUCUACACCGCCAACGCUGCCUUGAACGUCGUAUCUGAUAUUUUGAUCCUUCUACUACCUGUACCCAUUGUCUGGGGUCUCAACACCGACGUCCGCAAGAAGGUCAUCCUCACUGGUCUCUUUUCGAUGGGAUCCAUCUCUUGCCUUGUCAGCAUCCUCCGUAUGCGUUCCAUCAUCGUCUUGUAUAAGUCUGGCUACAGCGAUUUGACCUGGGGACUUGUGGAAGUCGUGCUAUGGUCGCAAGCCGAACUCACGGCAGCCAUGAUCUGCACAUGCACCCCUUGUCUUCGACCACUAUUCGAGAAGAUCAUUCCCGCAUUGCGUUCGGCAACCUCGAGAAAGGGUACACAUGGAAGUAGCACUGGAGGAUACAUCCGCACAGGCGACUCCGGACACAAGAGCUCGGUGAGCAAGUCAAAGUCGAUUUCGGAUAUCGAGAUGGAUGCUGGGAUUCGAAAGAAAGUCACUGUUGAUGUCAGUGCGCUGGGGUCUGACAGUGAUAGCCAGAAGAGCAUUAUCCGGCAUCAGGCGUGA